UUCUGGGUAAUGUCAUUAUGGAGAUCAUCUACCUGCUGACUGGAGAGGUGAGGGAUUUUGGGUAAUGUCAGUAAGGAGAUCAUCUACCUGCUGACUGGAGAGGUGAGGGAUUCUGGGUAAUGUCAGUAUGGAGAUCAUCUACCUGCUGGCUGGAGAGGUGAGGGAUUCUGGGUAAUGUCACCAUGGAGAUCAUCUACCUGCUGGCUGGAGAGGUGAGGGAUUCUGGGUAAUGUCACCAUGGAGAUCAUCUACCUGCUGACUGGAGAGGUGAGGGAUUCUGGGUAAUGUCACCAUGGAGAUCAUCUACCUGCUGACUGGAGAGGUGAGGGAUUCUGGGUAAUGUCAGCAUGGAGAUCAUCUACCUGCUGACUGGAGAGGUGAGGGAUUCUGGGUAAUGUCAGCAUGGAGAUCAUCUACCUGCUGACUGGAGAGGUGAGGGAUUCUGGGUAAUGUCAGUAUGGAGAUCAUCUACCUGCUGACUGGAGAGGUGAGGGAUUCUGGGUAAUGUCAUUAUGGAGAUCAUCUGCCUGCUGACUGGAGAGGUGAGGGAUUCUGGGUAAUGUCAUUAUGGAGAUCAUCUACCUGCUGACUGGAGAGGUGAGGGAUUCUGGGUAAUGUCAGUAUGGAGAUCAUCUACCUGCUGACUGGAGAGGUGAGGGAUUCUGGGUAAUGUCACCAUGGAGAUCAUCUACCUGCUGACUGGAGAGGUGAGGGAUUCUGGGUAAUGUCAGUAUGGAGAUCAUCUACCUGCUGACUGGAGAGGUGAGGGAUUCUGGGUAAUGUCAUUAUGGAGAUCAUCUGCCUGCUUACUGGAGAGGUGAGGGAUUCUGGGUAAUGUCAUUAUGGAGAUCAUCUACCUGCUGACUGGAGAGGUGAGGGAUUCUGGGUAAUGUCAGUAUGGAGAUCAUCUACCUGCUGGCUGGAGAGGUGAGGGAUUCUGGGUAAUGUCAGUAUGGAGAUCAUCUACCUGCUGGCUGGAGAGGUGAGGGAUUCUGGGUAAUGUCAUUAUGGAGAUCAUCUACCUGCUGACUGGAGAGGUGAGGGAUUCUGGGUAAUGUCACCAUGGAGAUCAUCUACCUGCUGACUGGAGAGGUGAGGGAUUCUGGGUAAUGUCAGUAUGGAGAUCAUCUACCUGCUGACUGGAGAGGUGAGGGAUUCUGGGUAAUGUCAGCAUGGAGAUCAUCUACCUGCUGACUGGAGAGGUGAGGGAUUCUGGGUAAUGUCAGUAUGGAGAUCAUCUACCUGCUGACUGGAGAGGUGAGGGAUUCUGGGUAAUGUCAGUAUGGAGAUCAUCUACCUGCUGGCUGGAGAGGUGAGGGAUUCUGGGUAAUGUCAUUAUGGAGAUCAUCUACCUGCUGACUGGAGAGGUGAGGGAUUCUGGGUAAUGUCACCAUGGAGAUCAUCUACCUGCUGACUGGAGAGGUGAGGGAUUCUGGGUAAUGUCAGUAUGGAGAUCAUCUACCUGCUGACUGGAGAGGUGAGGGAUUCUGGGUAAUGUCAGUAUGGAGAUCAUCUACCUGCUGGCUGGAGAGGUGAGGGAUUCUGGGUAAUGUCAUUAUGGAGAUCAUCUACCUGCUGACUGGAGAGGUGAGGGAUUCUGGGUAAUGUCACCAUGGAGAUCAUCUACCUGCUGACUGGAGAGGUGAGGGAUUCUGGGUAAUGUCAGUAUGGAGAUCAUCUACCUGCUGACUGGAGAGGUGAGGGAUUCUGGGUAAUGUCAUUAUGGAGAUCAUCUACCUGCUGGCUGGAGAGGUGAGGGAUUCUGGGUAAUGUCAGUAUGGAGAUCAUCUACCUGCUGACUGGAGAGGUGAGGGAUUCUGGGUAAUGUCAUUAUGGAGAUCAUCUACCUGCUGGCUGGAGAGGUGAGGGAUUCUGGGUAAUGUCAUUAUGGAGAUCAUCUACCUGCUGGCUGGAGAGGUGAGGGAUUCUGGGUAAUGUCAUUAUGGAGAUCAUCUACCUGCUGACUGGAGAGGUGAGGGAUUCUGGGUAAUGUCAUUAUGGAGAUCAUCUACCUGCUGACUGGAGAGGUGAGGGAUUCUGGGUAAUGUCAUUAUGGAGAUCAUCUACCUGCUGACUGGAGAGGUGAGGGAUUCUGGGUAAUGUCAUUAUGGAGAUCAUCUACCUGCUGACUGGAGAGGUGAGGGAUUCUGGGUAAUGUCAUUAUGGAGAUCAUCUACCUGCUGACUGGAGAGGUGAGGGAUUCUGGGUAAUGUCAUUAUGGAGAUCAUCUACCUGCUGACUGGAGAGGUGAGGGAUUCUGGGUAAUGCCAGUCUGGAGAUCAUCUACCUGCUGACUGGAGAGGAUUUUAUUGUGAUGAAGAAAAGUGGCGACAUUAUCACAGACAUUAGUAGUUCCUGUGUGUCGAAAGGUUACUCCAGGACCCAGAACAUAAACACGGAGCAUCUAUCACACCUAGUGAUACAUGAGAGGGACCAUGACAAGAAGAUCCUGGAACUGACCAAUCAGAUAAUUGAGCUGCUGACUAGAGAGGUUCCUAUACGGUGUGAGGAUGUCACGGUAUAUUUCUCCAUGGAGGAGUGGGACUAUAUAGACGGACACAGGGAUCUCUACAAAGAUGUGAUCAUGGAAGACCAUCAUCCCCUCGCCUCACUGGAUCAUUUGAAUGAAAUGAAAGGCGAUCUAAAAUCUAAGGCAGAGGCGAAACAUCCCAAAAAACAGAAGAUUCGAAAGAGAUUGAGCAAACCUGUUAAACACGUGGGAAAGAAAAAAAUUCUGACUCAAGAAGAUUUAGAUACCUGUCUUGAUGGUUCCACAGGAAAAGCACACACUGUAUGUACAUCUACAUUUACUAAGGAGCCUAAAGAAGAUGACUUCAUAGAUGCAGACAUUUACACACAAACAGAUUGUACAACCGCAUCUACUAGAGAGAGAACAAAGUCUUGUGAAAAAGCAAAUCCUGCCACUUGCACAUCAACAGAACAGCCAGAAUAUACACCUGCUCAUAUAAAGAGAGAGCCAAGUUUGUGUGAGGUUUAUACCCCCAAAGAUCAUACCUCAUCUGCAGUUCCAAAGGAAUCUGCCCCUUGGAUACAAGAAAAUCUUACAAAUACGAACAUUUAUACAGCCACAGAACCUACACAUUUAGAAUAUCCGUCGAUUAAACAGGAACCUUUGCCAUGUGAAGAAGACAAUGAAACUGCAACAAAUACGCAGUCCCAAUCUAGAUUUUUUCAUGUUAAGGAAGAAUCCGCCUCAUGUGAAGAAGGGAAUCUGACAGACACCGACCUUUAUACACCCGUAGAAGAUCCACAGACUGAAUUUCCGUUUAAUCACAUUAAGGCGGAAUCCGAAUCGUGUGGCGAUACCGCUGAAUCUGAAAUCUAUACACCAGCAGAAUAUCAGUCUGUUCAUUACAGAGGAUAUCAGAAAGUGAAUAAUAAUAUUGCAGAGAAAAGAACAAAGAGUUUGUCAGCAUUGGCCACUUCGGAUUAUGGAAACAAAUGUACUAACGCACUGACUGUCCAGCCUCACCAGUUAGCACACAGCACAGAGAGGAUCUAUAGCUGUCCUGUGUGUCAGAAGUAUUUUACCAGCCACACUGGCCUUGAGAAACAUCAAACCAUCCACAAAGGAAAGAAGUUUGCAUGUGCCCAGUGUGGGAAGCUUUUCUUCUAUAAAUCUAGCCUGGUUAUACAUCAGAGAAUUCACACUGGGGAGAAACUCUUUUCUUGUCCUGUGUGCGGGAAAUGUUUUACCAAUAACUCAAAUCUUGUUGUACACCAGCGCAUUCAUACAGGAGAGAAACCCUAUUCGUGUAGUGAUUGUGGAAAAUGUUUUGGACACAAGGGACAUCUUAACCGUCAUAUGAGAAUUCACAUUGGAGAUAAACCGAUGGUGGGACAAUACUUAAAUGAGAGCUUAUUAAAUGAUUGGAUUCCCAAUGACAUGAACUGCUGGUCCCAAAAAGUUCAUGAUAUAAAUUCGGUGUCUUCAACAGACAGGAGCCUUUAAUGUAUUUGUAGGAAAUAUGAAAAUAAUAGCCAACAUGUUAAAAAGCUAAUUUAUUGAAUGAUGUUAUAAAAUGGACAUGGUUUUUUUUAGCCUGAAUUAUUAAAUUCAUUUUUUUUCUUUAUGUGUAU